AUGCAAACGGCGGGAGCGGCGGAGAGAGCUCGUAUACCUUUCCCCGCGUUGCGCUCCCCUCACGGCUUCCUUCCCUUCAUUCACAAGUCAUUGUCGUGUCUCUCAGCAACAAGCAUCAAUAUGGCACCACAGAUCCUCAAGUCCCUCGAGCCAGAUCCGCCGCGCGUCCAGCGCGGCAACCUGUUCGACUUCCUUUGGAGCAAUCCGAACAAGGUCGACGAGAACAAGGCAGCCUUUCACCGUCUGGACGGCAAGAAGAUCACACGCAAGCAGCUGCACGACGACGCUCGACGUCUUGCCUAUGCUCUGCGUCACAAGCUCGGUCUGCAGCCUGGAUCGAGGAUCGGCAUCAUCUCACCCAACAGCACCGCUUAUCCCUGGAUCGUCCAUGCCGGUCUGUGUGCUGGCGUUGUGCUCGUGCCUCUUAACCCGGCCUACGGCCCCGAAGAGCUCGUCCACCCCAUCCACGAAGCCGAGAUCGAAUACAUUUUCUGCCACCAGAGCGUGCUCAACACGGUGCGAGAGGGCCUCGAGCAAGCAAAAACGAGCCUCAAAUCCAAGAACGGUGAGAACCGCAUCUGGAUCCUCGACGACGGCGACAGCUUGAAGAAGGACGACAAGGGCGAGCAAGAUGCACGGACCCUGCUCGGCGAUGGUCGCCUCGAGACGCACAAAGUUCCCGAUGACCGCACAGAAGACGCCUUUAUCGUCUUUUCGAGCGGUACAAGCGGAAAACCGAAAGGUGUCCAGCUAGUGCACGGAAACAUGACCGCAGUCACAAACGCCAUCGUAGCCACUUUCGGUACUGCGAUUGGUCCCGACGAUCGCUAUGUCGGUGUCCUCCCAUUCUUCCACAUUUUCGGCCUGGCCAAGACCAUGUGCAAAGGUGUCUACAUCGGCGCCGAGAGUGUCGUGAUUCCGAAAUUCGACCUCCCCGUCUUCUGCGCUGCAGUGCAAAAGUUCAAGUGCAACAUCAGCUAUGUGGUCCCACCGAUUCUCGUACUGCUGGCAAAGGAUCCACGUGCCAAGAAGUACGACCUCAAGAGCCUCAAGUGGGUCAUGUCGGGAGCAGCGCCGCUCGGAGCCGAACUCAGCAUGGAGGUAGAGGCCGCGCAUCCCGGCCUGCGUGUCACACAAGGCUGGGGUCUUAGCGAAACUUCGCCGACGGCCACAUUUGCAGAGCCACAGGCUUAUCGCGAUCACAUGGGCACCUGCGGUCGACUGAUCGCGGGUGUAGAGGGACGUCUGGUGGAUGACGAUGGCAACGACGUCGGGUUCGAGCAGGGUACGGACGGCAAGCCAGGCGAAUUCUGGGUUCGCGGCCCAACCAUCAUGAAGGGCUACCUCAACAACAAGGAGGCCACCGACGACUGCAUCACUCCCGACGGCUGGUUCAAGACGGGCGACAUUGCGAUCAUGAAGAACAACUACUUCUGGAUCGUCGACCGCAAGAAGGAGCUCAUCAAGUACAAGGGAUUCCAGGUGGCUCCUGCCGAGCUGGAAGCCACGCUCUUGUCGCAUCCCAAGAUCGCCGAUGUUGCUGUCAUCGGUUUCAACGACAAGAAACAGGCAACCGAGCUGCCACGCGCAUACGUGGUGCUCAGGGAAGAUGUUCUCAAGAACGAAGAUCCAGAGGCUGUAGCCAAAGAGAUCGUCGAGUGGACCGCCAAGAAGGUGGCCAACCACAAGCGCCUUCGUGGUGGUGUCAAGAUCCUGGAAGAGAUCCCCAAGAGGUGCGUUGAAAAUGCUCUCCAACAGAGGCGUCGGGUUCCGACUGCAGACUACUGA